GCUGGUCGAUCAAAAACCAUACUUUGCCAUGGAUGCCGAUGCCCGGCGCUUGACCAAGUUCACGCAGCGGCUCGACUCGCUGCCGCUCCUCAAGAAGCAGGUGUUUGUCGUCGAAGUGUUUCAGAACCAACGGCGCCACGACCACAAGUGGCACCGAAAGUACUUGCGUGCCGUUCCAACGUUCUCGUGCCGCGAUGGCAGCGCAAGCUGCGCGAGGUUUCCCAAGCAUUUGGCCCCUCCACCUGGCUACGACUGGGUGGAUCGGUGGCGGCCGUGCCUGAAGGGUUCCUGUGAUGCAAAUGGAUGGACGUACGCUUCGUCGUUUGACCACCUCGUCCACGACUUGGACACCAGCGCGGCCGCACGUGACACGGACAGCGUCCGACGCCGGCGCUGGGUGCGGACACUAGAGUGCCGAGUUCUGUCGUUCCCGUGGAAGGACGAGAGGUUGGGGGUGUCGUUGGUGGAGCCCCCCGACUUGAGUCGACAAACGUGUGUCCAAGUGCACUCGCGCGCCCCACUGCCCAUGUACUUGCUGCCCGUGGGAGCGACGCAUGCCACCGCGGUCAAGUACGCGUCCAAAGAUGACCUUCGCAUUCACGCCAUGCUAUCCAAAGGCGACUUACUUCUACGCGUCAACGACGUCGACGUGUCCACAAUGCCGUUCGAUCAAGUCGUCGGAGUACUUGAAGACGCAUUCGAGGCCGCGUCCAUGUGCUUUCUGCGCUUUGCCGCGGCCUCGGGGCAAAUUCGCAUCCACGCCUGUACCCGCGCCGCGCGCAAGUGCCAUCUCGCCCCAGGGUUCCGCCUCGUGGGACUGAAUGGGCGAUCGGUUCAACAUCUUCGCCUCGUGGAUGUUGAGAGCAUUCUGCGGCAAGCCCCUCGCAACGCAUGCGUCCUUCGCUUUCACGAAGGAUCGAGCGAUUGGAGGAGUGGAUUGCCGCAGCCAUAUGCCCUCGUCCAACGGAACGUCCUGUGCGUGAAGGAGCGAGAGCUGAAGCCACACGUCAGUGUGCCUUGUGUUGGACCGGACGCGACGGCGUCGACGGCAGCGCCGCACAGAUGGCUCUCGCUGGGCUCCCGAGUGAGUGCGCUGUUCGCGCUGUCGAGUUAG